AUGGAGACUGCCGCAUCGUGUGCGACACUCGGUGUGCGUCGCACAAGCCACGCCGUCGCUAAUCGUCGUCUGCUCGGCCCCAUCGCUGCGCGACACGACAGCAUGCGAGCGAGCUCCACUGUGCGCGCCUCGUUCCUCCUUUCGCAAGCUUUCUCAGCCGUCGUGGCGCUGCUGGCGGUGGCAUUCACAGCCCAUAGCGCGGCUGCUUCUAUCGUGUACCGCAGUGCGGGCGUGCAUGCUUCUAACGGGGCCGCGCGCGCGCGCGAGCUGGGGCAGGCGGAGGAGGAUGAGGCGGAGCGGGUGAAACAGGCGGCGCACGCAGAGAUGGCGCGCGCGCUGUGGGAGGAGACGGAGGCGCAGUUCGAAGGACGGCUGCAGGAGUGGCGCAGGCAGAGCGCGCGCCUGCAGGGGGUGGCGCAGCGGAAGCGGGAGAAGCGCGCCAGGCGCCAGUGGGCGCGCGCACAGGGAAAGGCGAAGCUGGAGCACACACAGGCGGCGGGAGUGGCGCGAGUGGCGAGCCCGACAGACGAGGAGCUAUUGGAUCUCAUGCCGGGAGGCACGCGCUCCUGGCAGAACCUUAAAGCCUCCACUGCCCGCUCCUCCUCACCCUCCCCCUCCGCCUUCUCUGCCUCCAUUGCCUCCUCCUCCGACUCCUCUCCCUCCUCCUCUUCCAAUUCCUCUUCCUCUCCCUCCUCCUCCUCUUCUGGUUCGGAUAACAAGAACGAUACAGCCACCCCGACUCCAUGGGAGGAGAAUCGCCCGGCGGGAGAGUCACCAUGCAGCCCCAGGAGCACCGGACCGGUGAUCAACGUCACCACUCUGGACCACAUUCUAUCGCGCACGCAGUACCCAUCGAACCAGACCGUCACGCUGGUGCUGCAGGCGUCGAUCACGCUCAACCACUCGUUGGAACUGUCGAAGCAGGCAGAUACGCUCCCCAGCGAGUGCGUUCUCGAGAUCACCACCGACACAGAGCCCGUGCUGCAGGUGCACAACGCAAGCAACAUGUUGUUCAUCGGGAUCGGUCUGAGGAGUCCUGUCAGAAACGGAUCAGCUUAUUGCGAGUCGCUGCCCGAGUAUGGGAAUCUGUUGGGGAACGACCUGCUGUGCCCGGCUCUGCUCAUCUACAGGUCGUACGGCAUUCAGUUCACGCAGGCGUCAGUGGUGGGGCGGAUAGACGUGUUCCGCUGCGCCUACACGAAGCUGGACUCGCUCUUUGCCACGGCGCCGUGGGACUUCCAGUACCACCCGGGGGUCAUCCGCAUGGGCAUGAGCGGCAUCGGCGUCAACCUCACCUCCUCAGAGAACAUCAUCUCCAAUAACGACCUCUUUGGCGCGUGGGAGCUCAUCUAUCUCUAUCGGGGGACCAUUGGAGCUACUGUGAGCAACAAUUUCCUCCACGGCUACCUCUUCUCAGGCUUCAGGUGUGGAGCGGACGUGCAUUUCGCGUGGGACUGUGCGCUGACGACAGUGAAGCACAACUUUGUGUUCUCCCCGCAGAAGAAGAACCUCACAGGCGACUCUGCGGGCAUCUACUUCUGCACGCACUGGUUUAGCCCCGGCAACACGGUGAGCUGCAACUACGUGAUAGGGGGCGACCACUGCUACUACCUGGACUACUGCACGUCAGGCGUGGACAUCCAGGGGGGCGUGUGCCUGCAGCUGUGGGACGGCGUGAAGCUGAACAACGGCAAGAGGAACCACAUCCGCAGCCUGCUCAUGGUGGGGCUGGGCCAGAGCCCCGGCUACAUCACGUGCUUGACUACUCCGUCCUUGUCUCACUACUCCACUGCAAAAACGUCUCCAGACCCUCUUUUUCCAUACCUCUCCACCCCUCUCCAUUCCUCUCCACCCCUCCCCACCCCACCCAUCUCCAUUCCUCUUCACUCCUUUCCAAAUUUCUCCACAUCUCUCCACCCCUCUUCUCUCUCCACCCCUCUCCACUCCUCUGCACCCCUCUCCAAACCCCCAUUCCUCAUUCCUCCUACCAGGAAUGGCCAUGGAUGA